AAUAAAAUAACGUUUUGCUGGCUGCGCCGGUGUCAUAGUAAUGGUCAAGCCGCUGCUGCCGAAUCUACAUUUUAUCAGAGGCAGCCUUCGAGCGAUCACCACCGACGCCGCCGCCGCCGGUGCUGCAACGACCGGCUGUGGCCCGAAGGCGGCGAAACAUUCAUUCUACGUUGUUAGAACUGCGUUUUCUUCCCGAUCUAUAACCCCUAAGAUGGCAUUGGAGUGUUACACGUUCGGCCCUUACAAAAUUCACCCCAAGGAAGUAUUUUAUUCCACCCAUCUCUCAUUCGCCAUGGUUAACCUGCGUCCUGUUCUUCCUGGACAUGUACUAGUCUGCCCAAGGCGAGAAGUGAAACGCUUCGUUGAUUUAACUGCUGAUGAAACUGGUGAUCUAUGGCUCACAGCGCAGAAAAUAGGGAAUCAGCUUGAACGUCACCACAAAGCAUCUUCACUCACAUUUACAAUCCAAGACGGACCACAGGCAGGGCAAACAGUACCCCAUGUUCAUAUACAUAUUCUCCCGCGUAAAAGUGGCGACUUUGAGAAAAAUGACGAGAUCUAUGAUGCUAUAGAUGUAAAGGAGAAGGAAUUGAAGAAGGAGUUGGACCUGGACAAGGAAAGGAAGGACAGAAGCCCCGAGGAGAUGGCUGAAGAGGCAGAGGAAUAUAGAAAGCUUCUCUCUUAGGUUUGCAGUGAUCAAAUGGUGUGUUUGGAGUAUGACUAUUAAGGUCGAGCUAGAAAUCUGCAUGUUCAAAUCCAUUUUUCUCACUUUUCCUCAUUGAUUCAUGGUUUUAAGACAAUGAAAAAUAUGAAACUGAUCCUAAAAGAAAUUUCGUAGUGGAUUGUGUAGAUCCUCUCACUGGCA